GUCAGUCUCAUUUCAACAAAGAUGAAUGAGGCAGAAGAGCGGCUGUUAAGUUUGCUAACAGGCAAGCUUAAUAGUAUGGCUGGUGAGAUCCAGAAUCUCACACAGAGAGUCCAGUUUCUAGAAAGUAGGCUGGGUGAGACUCAAAACCUUACAAAAAAGGUAGAGGAUCUGGAAGCCCAGCUUUUGUUAAAACUAGAUGCACAGGCUAAGGCCAAUGUCGCAUGCGACCUGAGGAUCCAUGGAGUUCCGUACGUCGAAGGUGAAAAGCUGAAACAUAUCUUCAACAACUUGUGCCUCAGCCUAAAUCACACGCCUGCGCCUGCUAUUAGGGAUAUCUAUCGUAUGAGGCCAAACAAAAAUCUUUCCCACUCCAUCGUUGACCCCAUCAUCAUUGUCAAGCUGGAACGGGUGCGCGACAAAGCGGCAUUACUGCGCAACAUCGCCCCAGUAUAUGUCAACGAGCAGCUUACCAGGGAAAACUACCAGAUUUUUAGAGAAGCUCUGAAAAUGAAGAAGCAUCGGAAGCUGCAAUCCGUGUUUACGCGCAGGGGUAUGGUUCACGUCAAAGUGACCCAAGAAAGUGAGAUCUGGGAAGUUCUCAAAAUUGAGGAUCUGUGGGAGAUGCAAGCUGCUACUGAGAGCCCUGCAGCUGGAGACGAGAAUAGCUCGUUUCGUCAAUAA